CAAACUACCGUUAUGUACCUGAAGUUUCAUCUACCUAACAAACAGCUUAAUGGUAGAUUUGCAAAGCAUAAUAUACCAGGAUCCGGCUGGUGCCGCAUAUGAAUGCUGGAGACGUAAAUUAGGCCUAUCAGCGUUGUUUAUUUCUGGAGAGGAGAAGUGGUACUACAUCGAACUUAGUGGUGAAAGAGAAGGCCUGACUCACUCAAGAUGCAGGUCUUCCUUGUCUUAAGUGCAGCAUUCCACCUACUUGCUGCUGCACAGGCUGCCCAUUAUUUCAUCGCUGCGCCCAACAUCGUCCGCGUGGAUGUUAACGAGACCAUUUUAGUCAGUGUCCAUGGAACCGAUGCUGACGAAAUACCAGUGACACUUUAUUUCCACCUGGCAGGGAGCAACAACAGAAUAUCAGAGAGGACCGUCAUCGUGACUGAAAAUGAACCACAGGUGGCUCGACUGAGCAUCGAACGGUCACAGUUACCGCAGCGUCCGACACGCGGGCGAGAAUUCGUCACAUUAGUGGCCAGUUCCAGCUCACCUCUACUCACAUUCCAGAACCAACAAGUGAUUUUAAUGAGCUACCAAGCUUCGUUUGUCUUUAUUCAGACGGACAAGCCACUGUACACGCCGAACCAACGAGUUGACAUUCGUGUUGUGGCUCUAAAUCAGGACAUGGCUCCUGCAAAUCACGAGUUGCAAGUCGACAUUAUGAGCCCAGACAAAAUUACUGUGUAUCGAAAACAACAGAGACCCGAUAAUGGAUUUCUGAUCCUCCAAUUUGACGUCCCUGAGCACCCAGUGCUUGGAAACUGGACAGUGACUACCCGUUACGGCCAUCUGUUUAAUGCCAGCACAUCGGUCCAGUUCGAAGUAAAGGAAUACGUGCUUCCCAAGUUUUAUGUUGAAGUCUCAACACAGUCGAUGUAUAUUGUGCCAGGAACACCUUCCCUCGUGUCGAAAGUGAAGGCAAAAUAUCUAUUUGGCGAACCAGUUGUUGGUAACUAUUACGUAAGGUACGGAGUGUUUACAGAUGACGGAAGUCUGAUGACACUCCAAUCGAAAGAAGGACAGUUAGAUGACGAAGGUCAGCGUCACCAGAGUUUGGAUUUAAACAAUGUGGCACUGGAGAACUGGACCAAAUCGCUGAUGGGCAAACGACUGAUCAUUCAAGCCUUUGUCACAGACUCGGCUUCAGGAGAAACCGUCAAUGCCAAUAACACAAUGGUAACCUUCUGCCGAACCCCUUUCAAGUUCAACUGGGACCUCAUCCAAAGGUACUUCAAGAGGAAGCUACCCUUCUCAGCAAAGGUCAAUGUUCAAUUCUUGAAUGGCCUCCCGGCUAGAAACAUCCCUGUGAUCGCCUCACCCAGAGCUCGACUGCAGAAUGGUAACUUGGUUGAUCUGGUUGUCUCCCGAGCAGGAAAUGCUCAAGACACGUUUGAAAAGGUCUCGGGCCCCCAGGGAGAGGUGGACUUCAGGCUGGAUGUACCUUCUGAUGCCACCCAGAUAGAAAUAAGACUGCGAACAAACGACCCGACAUUGGUAAAUGCCAACUUUGAAGACUCCAUCACCAUCCAGCCUCAGGAUUCAACAAAUAAUGAAUUCAUGGCGUUAAGGAUUCCACAUAUAGGCCUCAACGUCCGACGAGCCGAAAAGAUCGAUGCUUUGAGUUCAGUAGAAGUGCAAUUGACAAACGAACAAAAUGUCGAUACACUAAAUUUCUUUGUCAUUGCUGGUGGGAGAAUUGUUCACAGAGAUGUUUCAGAAGUGAUUAACCAGAACAUAGGCUUGCUCUUCACUGUCACUCACGAUAUGGCGCCGUCGGCGCGAGUUGUUGCGUACUACAUAAGGAAUAACGGUCACGUCAUCGCGGAUGCACUUCUGAUUGAUGUAGAGAAGAAAUGCAAGAAUCAUAUUAACAUGAGUAUCCAGGGCUUACCCGUCCAUCACAACACAUACCGAGCGAACCGUGCUGGCCAGAAUGUGGAACUGGAGAUCCAGACGGCAUGGAAUGAAACAAACGUAGGCCUACUGGCCGUGGAUGAAGCAGUCUUCAAGCUCCGCAACUACCACAGACUUACCCAAAAGAAGGUAUUCAUGAGAAUGGUCGGAUAUGAUUUGGGCUGUGGACCAGGCGGUGGUCAGACUACAGCUAGCAUUUUAAAGGAUGCUGGACUUGCAGUAAUGACUAACGCAAAUGUGAAUGUUCCGCAGAGAGAAGCCGUCGGGUGUCCCGAUGAACACAGUAGAGUCCGUAGAACAGUGAACGACACCGAGAAGGAACGAAUUCUGAGUAAAUACGAUGGUGUUGAGAGGGAGUACUGCCAAAAGGGCCUGAGGAAUCUACCUGAGUCUCAUAAACUGACAUGCGCCCAGAGAGCCAAGCUGAUGGCCGCUCGGAAGGGCCUCAACGGAGCCUCGCCAGAGAUCACAGCAUUUUACGAAUGCUGUACAGAAUUAGAAAGUGUCUCUAGAGGCAGAGCCGAUGCCAGGGAUGGAAAAGUCAAUCUAGAGAAAAUCUUCGUGCGAUGGGACUUCCCGGAGAGCUGGUUAUUCGACAAUGUAACGACAAGCUCCUACGGAAAUGGAGUCAGGGCACUGUACCCAAUUACACUGCCUCAUAGCGUGACCACUUGGGUCAUUGAAGCCGUCGGGGUCUCUGCAUCCGAACUCGGCUUGUGUGUGGCCGACCCCAUCAAGGUGGAAGUGCGCCCUCUGUUCUUCCUUGAUCUUGGCAUGCCCUACUCGGUCCAGCGGUUCGAGCAGAUAGAGAUCGUAGCGUCUGUGUUCAACUACGCCGACGAUGACUUGGAGGCAAUCUUCUUUUUUCUUCGUGUGUUUUUAAGAUCGACAAAAGUCACUAUUUAUUUGGCUGGUAAGGAGGGACUGUGCUCAGUUGCACAGCCGGGAGAAUAUUCAGAGGGGAUAACAUUCACGGUUGCUUCGAAGAAGCCUGCCUCCGUCAAGUAUGUUAUUGUCCCCAUGGAGGUUAAGGACAUCCCUAUAGAAGUUGUUGCCGAGUCUGGGCAGUACAGCGAUGCCGUUAAAAAGACGCUGAUUGUUAGACCAGAGGGAUACGAGACAAAGGUUCAUGUGCCAGUAACGCUAGAUCCUGUCAACACCCGGGAACUGGGGAGAGAUGAAAGGAGGGGACCAGAUCGCUUCUAUCGUCACACACAACAAUGGGGCAACGCUGGAGAGGCCAAUCAAGUGGAUACCAUCGAAUAUAAAAUCAACAGAGAUGCUAUCCCUGGUACCCACAGAGCUCGAAUGAGUGUCAUUGGUACCGUGAUGGGCAAUGCCGUUGACACGGUUAUAACCGGCCUGGAGAGACUUCUGAGGAUCCCAUCGGGAUGCGGGGAACAGACCAUUAGCAAGUUUGCGCCCAAUGUUUACAUCUACACCUACCUGAAACACUCGAAUCAGUUUACACCCAACCUAGAGGCUUCUAUCCAGAAAUAUAUCAGGGAUGGUAUCACAAACGAACUAAGAUUUAGAAGGCCGGAUGGGUCCUUUUCUCUUUGGGGAACAGACGAAAGCAAGAGCACUUGGUUGACCGCGUUCGUUGCUAGAAUCCUCUGUAAGGCUAAGGAGUUUGCCGCGGUGGAUAACAACCUAAUAUGUGAAGCGAUGAUCUGGCUGGCAACCCAAAUACAACCUGACCAGAAUGGUGGCUUUUUCAGAGAACUGUACGAAGUAAACAAGCGUGGAUUGGGUGGAGGAGUGCACGACGGAACCCCAUUGACUGCAUUCAUCCUCCUCUCCUUCUUGGAAUGCGAAUGCGAUACGUUUAAUAAGAUAAAUAUUGUGCGUGGUGCAACUGAUUUCCUCGAAGAUGAACUGCCAGGGUUAACUCGUCCAUAUGCGAUUGCUAUCACGGCAUAUGCCUUAGCUCUCGCUGAUAGCGAUAGAGCACAGGAUGCUAUAGAAACCCUCAAAGGCAUUGCUACAUACGAUGCAGACUCUCGUUACUGGGCAGCUGAUGACUCGUCGUUUGGUGCCGGACGAAAACCUUACUGGUACGUCGGCCGACCAAAAGCCAUUGAAGUUGAGACCACCAGCUACGCAUUACUUGCCCUGCUGACAGUCGGGGAUAUCCCCUACACACACGCCAUUGUCAACUGGCUAACCAAUCAGGAAAAUUACGAUGGAGGAUUCGCGUCCACGCAGGACACGGUUGUUGCGUUGCACGCCUUGUCGGUAUAUUCGGAUGCGGUUCAACAAGACAACACCGACAUUAGAUGCCACGUCACGUGUGACAAAAGUGGAUUCAAUGAAAGGUUCAAACUAAAUCCGGGCAGUGCGCUCGUACGCCAACAAAAAAGCAUCAACGUACCAGAAAUAAGCGAAGAUAUGACUGUUGUCAUUAACUCAGGAGGAUCGGGCUUGGGUCGCUUCCAAUUUGAGGCUACCUACUACCUUCCCGAGCCUAACAGGAAUGACAGUUGUGACUUUGAGCUGCAGAUCAAUCAGGGCGAUACCCCGCAAGCUGAUCAUCUCGAGGACAACGAUGAGGAAUAUUUCUCUUACGAUGUACAAGUAAGUUAUCUCCGUGGAGAACGAACCGGUAUGGCUAUUUUAGACGUGGGACUGUUCACCGGAUAUGUUGCUGUUGAAGAAGACUUGAAACAAGUGAUGGAAAACAGCAAUGGAACUGUCCAGCAGUAUGAGGCCACUGAUCGCGCGGCCAUUUUUUAUCUCGCAGAAAUCUCUGGACAAGAAGCAACGCGAAUCCAAUUCCGAGCAAGACGUAAAUUUAAAGUCGGUAAGAUCCAGCCCGUCGCAGUACGUGUAUACGACUACUACAACCCUACCGAGGACUGUGUUAGGUUCUUGGGUCCCAAGGAAGGCUCCAGCAUGCUUGCCAAGCUGUGCGAUGACAACACUUGCAUUUGUGCUGAAGGAAACUGUUCAGGUACCCCGAAGAAAACAGGAAGGGACUAUAAUGUUUAUGAAUUGAAGACGAAGGCUUGUGUAACAAAAUCUCAUUUUGCAUUCAAAGUACGUGUAAAUGGCGAGGAGGAGAAGGGCAACUUCCAGCUCUACACCUUGAAGAUUCUCACCCCUCUCAAGAAAGGAUUGGAUAAUGUUGAAGCUGGUGACAAGCGAAUCUUCAUGAAGACUAAAACCUGCGAUACUCCACACCUGAAGAACAUAAGGGAUUACUUGGUGAUCGGCAGCAGGGGACUGCCGAUGAAGGGCGAUGGGGAAUCAAUCACGUACAAGUACUAUAUCGAUGAGAAAAUGGUGUUUUACGAGUGGCCGGUUUUGAGGGAUCUCCAGAUCAGGAAAUGGGAACGGAUCAGCCAAAAACUCCAGAAUCUUCAGGCUGAAUUGGAAGAUAACAUCGGAUGCGCCACUUAAACGACCACCAAACAAUUUAUCAUAGGCACAAAGGACAUAGGGCUGUGUAUUCUGAUAAAUCGGUGCAGAGGGAUUGAACGACAAAUAAGCUGCAUUAUUAUGCACAAUCCUAUUAAUGGGUUUCUACCAAUGGCUAAUACUGGAAAUCAAGCCACCCUUUUUUCAGGGCUGCAUUGAGUAUUUGAUUUGAAGUUAUUCGCAAAAAUAUUUUAAAGCCUCCUACAGAAAGAAGGUUUGGGGCGUCCCAUCCCCGAACACCAGUUUAUGUCUUGACCAAUGAUUGCGUAUGUCACUGAGCUGGUAUUGGCUAAUCAAAGUAAGGAUUUGAGGCUCAUUUAAAUUGCAUUGUCCAAUCAAAUCAAUUUUAUACCCUUUCGUGACUGGUGGCAUUUAAAGCUUUCGGAAAAGAAUUUUUCAACUUGAUACUUUCAAGUAUUUCUUGCUUUAAUACUAUAUAUGCAUGUCCUUGAUUUGAUGAACUGGUACUCAUUCUUCUAAAAAAAUACUCUAUGUUUAACCAGUUCACUUCCUCCACAGGCUCCUGUAUAAAAUCCACGAUUUGUUUGUCGUCCAAUCCCAUGAUUCAAGGAGAAUCAUCUGGAAAUUUGACUCAAAGCUUGUGUUUAUCAUACCACAGGUGUAUUUUCCCAUUUUGUAGCAUAAAGACUUGCCGGCAAAAGUAUAAUGAGCAUUAAUUGUCAAGCUGAUUCUCUAAUCUGUAGUAUAUACAGGUAUAACUAAUGAUAAGCGUCAGAUUAUUUUCCUCUAGAAGAACAGAGAAAAGAAUUAUUUCUGGUUAUUCAAGGCCAAAGCUUUUAGUCGGUAGCUGCAUUUGCUUGUUUUUUUUAUCCAAUGAUUGAUUUUAUUUUCUUUAAACGUUUUGUGAUGCUCAUUAAUAUGUAUGAAUUUAACCCUUAUUCGCGGUUAGGGAUGUAUGCAUUUCCAUCUUGUUCAAAUAUCUUAUUCAUUAGCUAUAUUAUAGGUUUCUUAUUCCAUUCAAUAUUUCUCAAUAGAACCCCUGGUAUUUGAUUUUGUUUCCUUCAGCGCGGCUCACUGAAAGUGAUUUAGGACAUGGUGUAAUCUACUGGCUAAAUCGCUGGUCUAAUUUCCUGCCACGUGCUUCACAUUUUGGCGACAUGCAGAGGACUGCAUUGAAUUUGCGGGACAUGAACAUCAUAAGGACGAAUUUUAAUAACUGGUCUCAAGCUGUACUUUGGCUGGUUUUAAAGGGUUUGCUGUCGGGCUUCCUAGGCCAUUGUAGUAGUCUAAGUGUUAAUGUUAGCCUGACUAAAGUUGAAUUUACAAGGUCCACUUUUGAAAUUUGGUUUUCAAAUUACUUUGGCUUUUGAAAAAUCUGUUACUGGAAUAGAAGUUAAUGAUUACUUAAAUUAAGCGUUUGCCAAUUCGAAAGUAGACUGCAUUCUCCAUAUGAAAAUAAUGAUAUCCAUCAUACCGCAAAUACCAAUUUCCAUGACAUGUAAUCGACUUCUUGGGCGUAUCUUGUUUAGAGGUACAUGAAUUAUGAUCAUAUUAUUGUGCCCACGAAUGUAGCCUGUGCUUGUGAACACAUUGCAGUUUAUCCAUAUGUAUGCGCUUAUUGGCAUGCAUGGGUGUACCAAUGUGUGCAACAGCAUUUGGGCUCAUUCAUCUCAGGCAUGCAGUCUAGACUAAGAAAAGACGUGGUGUUUAGAGCCAAGUUAUUCAGACUUGCUUAGUCAGGUAGCUGCAACGAAACCCCGUUAUUGCAACAUGUCCAACGUGCUGUUUCAUCUACGUUUAACCCAAAAUAUAUGAAAAAUUGUAUCUAUUGUAAGACCCAAUCACCAAAAUAGAUUAGAACCUAAUUACGUAUAUACCAAUACCUAGCCUAUGUAUUCACAACAGUGUAAAGUUCUAAACACUCUCUAAAGUACCUACGAACACAAAGUAUAUGUACAAGGUAUAUUUUAAGUAGUAUAUAGACAGAUAUGUUGCCUUGCUACCCGGAAUGGAGCCGAAGGACAGUGUGUUUCUCUAUCAAAAGCCUUGUCUUGCCGCUAUCAAAACUUACUGUGUUGAAAUAUCGUU